AUGCUGCAGAAAGCGUUUAGGGAUCAGUCUUUGUCUUCCAAGAAUGUUUACAAGUGGUACAAUGAGUUUAAGUCAGGUCGCGAGAGUGUUGAAAAAAAUGUGGUGUCAAAUCGGCGAAAAUUAUCAACUGAUGAACAUCACGUCAAGCAAGUCAAAGACAUGGUGCUCAAAAAUCGUCGAUUGACGAUUAGAGACGUCGCUGAUAGUUUACAAAUAUCAUUUGGAUCGGUGCAAGCGAUUUUGAAGAACGAUUUGGGACUGAGAAGUGUCAAAUCUCGAUUGCUCCGUGUGACUUCUGGUUGUUCAGCAAACUCAAGAGACCGCUCCGGGUACACCGUUUUAACUCGAUUGAUUAGAUAA